CCAGACAAGAAAGGACGCCAAGCACACCCCAGAUCCAGGAAGGAAUGGUCCAGGAUGCUGAAACUGAGGAUCUUAAAUACUGUAGCUCCCUCGUACUUUCUUGGAGUCUCCAUCACCACCAUGAUCCUUCAGAGUUUUGUUUUCAUUCCCACUAUUUUUGCUGAUGACUUCAGAAGGCCAUGGUCAUACUGUGGCUGCCAUUUCACUUUCUUUCUCUACAUCUCAGUUAAUGUUCUGGGGAACUACUUCUUGAUCCUGUGGUACCCAUCAGAGAGCCUACAGAGCAGCAAGCCCUUCCCCGAUGGGAACGAAACCCUACAACCAGGCAGCCACUUCUGCAAGUUGUGCAGCAAAGUUAUCCUGAGGCGGGACCACCAUUGCUUCUUUACAGCAAACUGUAUCGGGAACAGGAACAUGCGUUACUUUCUGAUGUUUGGAUGGUACACCUCUAUUGUCUGUCUCUAUUCCUUAGUGGUAGGUGUAGCGUACCUAAGUGUGGAAUACCAUCUCUCCUUUGAGAAUCCUCUCACCUUUCUCACUCUCCUUCCCCUCUCCUUCUUUCACUUCUUCUUCAGUAUGAUCCCUUCGUUUCAGUUGUUCCUCGUCCUGAUGCUGUACAUCUGGUUAGGGAUUGGGCUCACCUGCGCUGGGUUCUGCUGCCAACAGAUUCUUUUGGUGGCUCGAGGUCGUACCUGGUACCACCUGAAGAAAGGGAUGCCCGCGGUACGCUGCACUCCGUGGGGGGUUAAUCUUCAGGAUGUGUUCGGGAAGCGUUGGUUGCUGGGAUUCUUCUUCCCGAUUCCAACGGUACAUGUGGAUCCAAAGGACAAAUUGAAUUGA